GGCGAGCGGCAGGAAAUGGCGGCGGCGGCGGCGGCGCCGGGCGGCACCGGGAGGCCUGGCCUGUGACGCGCGCGCCGGAGCGGGGUCCGAUGGUUCUGGAAGGCCCGCGGCGCCCAGUGCUGCAGGUUACCUAGGGUAUGCAUAAAUACAGACUUGGAAACUCUGAAAGAACUUAGAGUCAGCAUUUCGAGAGCAGAAGCUUGGGCAUGCUGUGAUUUUCCAAUAACUAUCACAAUGUCAGAAUGCAGUUCAGACAGCAGCAACACAGAGGUCGCAGACAUUAAAACGUAAGCUGUGCUAGAACAAAUGCAAUGAAAGAAACACUGGAUGAAUGAAAAGCCCUGCUUUGCAGCCCCUCAGCAUGGCAGGCCUGCAGCUCAUGACCCCUGCUUCCUCACCAAUGGGUCCUUUCUUUGGACUGCCAUGGCAACAAGAAGCAAUUCAUGAUAACAUUUAUACGCCAAGAAAAUACCAGGUUGAGCUGCUGGAAGCAGCUCUGGACCAUAACACCAUUGUCUGCUUGAACACCGGCUCAGGGAAGACGUUCAUCGCAGUCCUGCUCACCAAAGAGCUGGCCCAUCAGAUCAGGGGUGACCUCAACCCACGUGCAAAAAGGACCGUGUUCCUCGUCAACUCUGCAAACCAGGUUGCUCAACAAGUUUCAGCUGUCAGAACUCACUCAGACCUCAAGGUUGGGGAGUACUCAAACCUAGAAGUAAAUGCAUCUUGGACAAAAGAGAGAUGGAGCCAAGAGUUCACUAAGCACCAGGUUCUCAUUAUGACUUGCUAUGUCGCCUUGAAUGUUUUGAAAAAUGGUUACUUGUCACUGUCAGACAUUAACCUUUUGGUGUUUGAUGAGUGUCAUCUUGCAAUUCUAGACCACCCCUACCGAGAAAUUAUGAAGCUCUGUGAAAGUUGUCCAUCAUGCCCUCGAAUUUUGGGACUAACUGCUUCCAUCUUAAAUGGGAAAUGUGAUCCAGAGGAAUUGGAAGAAAAGAUUCAGAAACUGGAGAAGAUUCUUAAGAGUAAUGCUGAGACUGCCACUGACCUGGUGGUCUUAGACAGAUACGCUUCUCAGCCAUGUGAGAUUGUGGUAGAUUGUGGACCAUUUACUGACAAAAGUGGGCUUUAUGAAAGGCUGCUGAUGGAAUUAGAAGAAGCACUUAAUUUUAUCAAUGACUGUAAUGUAUCUGUACAUUCAAAGGAAAGAGAUUCUACUCUGAUCUCCAAACAAAUACUCUCAGACUGCCGUGCGGUGUUGGUUGUUCUGGGACCCUGGUGUGCGGACAAAGUAGCUGGGAUGAUGGUAAGAGAACUGCAGAAGUACAUCAAACAUGAGCAGGAGGAGCUGCACAGGAAGUUCUUAUUGUUUACAGACACUCUGCUGAGGAAAAUACAUGCACUAUGUGAAGAGCACUUCUCACCUGCCUCACUUGACCUGAAGUAUGUAACUCCUAAAGUAAUGAAACUGCUCGAGAUCCUGCGCAAAUACAAGCCCUAUGAGCGACAGCAGUUUGAAAGUGUUGAGUGGUACAAUAAUAGGAAUCAAGAUAAUUAUGUGUCCUGGAGUGAUUCUGAGGAUGAUGAUGACGAUGAAGAAAUUGAAGAAAAAGAAAAGCCAGAGACAAAUUUUCCUUCUCCAUUUACCAAUAUCUUGUGUGGAAUCAUUUUUGUGGAAAGAAGAUACACAGCAGUUGUCCUAAACAGGUUGAUAAAGGAAGCUGGCAAGCAGGACCCAGAGCUGGCUUAUAUAAGCAGCAACUUUAUAACUGGACACGGCAUUGGCAAGAGCCAGCCUCGCAGCAAACAGAUGGAAGCGGAGUUCAGAAAACAGGAGGAGGUACUUAGGAAAUUUCGAGCACACGAGACUAACCUGCUCAUUGCAACAAGUGUUGUAGAAGAGGGUGUGGAUAUUCCCAAGUGCAAUUUGGUGGUUCGUUUUGAUUUGCCCACGGAGUAUCGAUCAUAUGUUCAGUCCAAAGGACGAGCCCGAGCCCCGAUCUCUAAUUAUGUGAUGUUGGCCGAUACAGACAAGAUACAAAGCUUUGAAGAAGACCUUAAGACCUACAAAGCUAUAGAAAAGAUUUUAAGAAACAAGUGUUCCAAAUCAGUGGAUGGUGCUGAGGCUGACGUUGAUGCCGUUGUAGAUGAUGAUGAUGUUUUCCCACCAUAUGUAUUGAGGCCUGAUGAUGGGGGUCCACGGGUCACAAUCAACACUGCCAUUGGACAUAUUAACAGAUAUUGUGCUCGAUUACCAAGUGAUCCGUUUACUCAUCUAGCUCCCAAAUGUAGAACACAAGAGUUGCCUGAUGGUACAUUUUAUUCAACUCUUUAUCUUCCGAUUAACUCACCUCUUCGAGCCUCCAUUGUUGGUCCACCAAUGGGCUGUGUACGGUUGGCUGAAAGAGUGGUAGCUCUCAUUUGCUGUGAAAAACUGCACAAAAUUGGUGAACUGGAUGAACAUUUGAUGCCAGUUGGGAAAGAGACUGUUAAAUAUGAAGAAGAGCUUGACUUACAUGAUGAAGAGGAAACCAGUGUUCCAGGAAGACCAGGGUCCACAAAGCGAAGGCAGUGCUACCCCAAAGCAAUCCCAGAGUGCUUGAGGGAGAGUUACCCUAAGCCUGGUCAGCCUUGCUACCUGUAUGUGAUAGGGAUGGUCUUAACUACCCCUCUCCCUGAUGAACUCAACUUCAGGCGACGGAAACUCUACCCUCCUGAGGACACCACAAGAUGCUUUGGGAUCCUGACAGCCAAACCCAUACCUCAGAUUCCUCACUUUCCUGUGUACACACGCUCUGGAGAGGUCACCAUAUCCAUUGAGCUGAAGAAGUCUGGCUUCACACUGUCUCAACAAAUGCUCGAGCUGAUUACAAGACUCCACCAGUAUAUAUUCUCACACAUUCUUCGGCUUGAAAAACCUGCCCUAGAGUUUAAACCUACAGGCGCUGAGUCAGCAUACUGUGUUCUACCUCUUAAUGUUGUUAAUGACUCUAGCACUUUGGACAUUGACUUUACAUUCAUGGAGGAUAUUGAGAAGUCUGAAGCUCGAAUAGGCAUUCCCAGCACUAAGUAUUCAAAAGAAACACCAUUUGUUUUUAAGUUAGAAGAUUACCAAGAUGCAGUUAUCAUUCCAAGAUAUCGCAAUUUUGAUCAGCCUCAUCGAUUUUAUGUAGCUGAUGUGUAUACUGAUCUUACCCCACUCAGUAAAUUUCCUUCCCCCGAGUAUGAAACUUUUGCGGAAUAUUAUAAAACAAAGUACAACCUUGACCUGACCAAUCUCAACCAGCCGCUGCUGGAUGUCGACCACACAUCUUCCAGACUUAACCUUUUGACACCUCGGCAUUUGAAUCAGAAGGGGAAAGCACUUCCUCUAAGCAGUGCUGAAAAGAGGAAAGCCAAAUGGGAAAGUCUGCAGAACAAACAGAUACUGGUUCCGGAACUCUGUGCUAUACAUCCAAUCCCAGCAUCACUGUGGAGAAAAGCAGUUUGUCUCCCCAGCAUACUUUAUCGCCUUCACUGCCUUUUGACUGCAGAGGAGCUAAGAGCUCAGACAGCCAGCGAUGCUGGCGUGGGAGUCAGAUCACUUCCUGCGGAUUUUAGAUACCCUAACUUAGACUUCGGGUGGAAAAAAUCUAUUGAUAGCAAGUCUUUCAUCUCAACUUGUAACUCCUCGUUGGCUGAAAAUGAUAAUUACUGUAAGCACAGCACAAUUAUAGUCCCUGAAAAUGCUGCACAUCAAGGUGCUACUAGAACCCCCUUAGAAAACCAUGACCAAAUGUCUGUGAACUGCAGAAGGCUACCUGCUGAGUCACCUGGUAAGCUCCAAAUUGAAGUUUCAACGGAUCUUACAGCAAUCAAUGGUCUUUCUUUCAACAAAAAUCUUGCCAAUGGCAGUUAUGAUUUAGUUAACAGAGACUUUUGCCAAGGAAAUCAGCUGAAUUACUUCAAGCAGGAAAUACCUGUGCAACCAACUACCUCAUAUCCCAUUCAGAAUUUAUACCAUUAUGAGAACCAGCCCAAGCCCAGCAAUGAAUGUACUCUACUGAGUAAUAAAUACCUUGAUGGAAACGCUAACACAUCUACCUCAGAUGGAAGCCCCGCGGUGUCUACGAUGCCUGCCGUGAUGAGUGCUGUGAAAGCACUCAAGGACAGGAUGGAUUCUGAGCAGCGCCCUUCUGUUGGGUACUCCUCGAGGACUCUUGGCCCCAACCCUGGACUGAUUCUUCAGGCUCUGACACUGUCAAAUGCUAGCGAUGGGUUUAACCUGGAGCGGCUUGAGAUGCUUGGCGACUCCUUUUUAAAGCAUGCUAUCACCACAUAUCUCUUUUGCACUUACCCUGAUGCUCACGAGGGCCGCCUUUCAUAUAUGAGAAGCAAAAAGGUCAGCAACUGUAACCUGUAUCGCCUUGGCAAGAAGAAGGGGCUGCCCAGCCGCAUGGUAGUGUCCAUAUUUGAUCCUCCUGUGAAUUGGCUUCCUCCUGGUUAUGUGGUCAAUCAAGACAAAAGUAACGCAGAGAAAUGGGAAAAGGAUGAAAUGACAAAAGACUGCUUGCUGGCUAAUGGCAAACUAGGUAAGGACUGCGAGGAGGGGGAGGACCUGACGUGGAGGGCACCCAAGGAGGAGGCUGAGUAUGAAGACGACUUCCUGGAGUAUGAUCAGGAGCACAUCCAGUUUAUAGACAGCAUGUUAAUGGGGUCAGGAGCCUUUGUGAAGAAAAUUUCUCUUUCUCCUUUUUCAACCUCCGAUUCUGCUUAUGAAUGGAAAAUGCCCAAAAAGUCCUCCUUAGGCAGUAUGCCAUUUUCCUCAGACCUCGAGGAUUUUGACUACAGCUCUUGGGAUGCAAUGUGCUAUCUGGAUCCUAGCAAAGCAGUUGAAGAGGAUGACUUUGUGGUGGGUUUCUGGAAUCCAUCAGAAGAAAACUGUGGCGUUGACACAGGGAAGCAGUCCAUUUCUUACGACUUGCACACGGAGCAGUGCAUUGCUGACAAAAGCAUAGCAGAUUGUGUGGAGGCCCUGCUGGGCUGCUAUUUAACCAGCUGCGGCGAGAGGGCUGCUCAGCUUUUCCUCUGUUCGCUGGGGCUGAAGGUGCUCCCAGUCAUCAAAAGGACCAGCCGGGAAAAGGCCCUGUACCCUGCUCAGGAGAACUUCAGCAGCCAACAAAAGAGCCUUUCAGGGAGCUGUGCUGCCGCCGCAGCCAGCCCACGCUCCUCUGCAGGGAAAGACUUGGAGUACGGCUGCCUGAAGAUCCCACCAAGGUGUAUGUUUGACCAUCCAGAUGCAGAGAAAACCUUGAACCACCUGAUAUCUGGAUUUGAAAAUUUUGAGAAGAAAAUCAACUACAGAUUCAAGAAUAAGGCUUACCUUCUGCAGGCUUUUACACAUGCCUCCUACCACUACAACACUAUCACUGAUUGUUACCAGCGCUUAGAAUUCCUGGGAGAUGCGAUUUUGGACUACCUCAUAACCAAGCACCUUUAUGAAGACCCGCGUCAGCAUUCCCCAGGGGUCCUGACCGACCUGCGCUCUGCCCUGGUCAAUAACACCAUCUUUGCAUCUUUGGCUGUGAAGUAUGACUACCACAAGUACUUUAAAGCUGUCUCUCCCGAGCUCUUCCAUGUCAUUGACGACUUUGUGCAGUUUCAGCUUGAGAAGAACGAGAUGCAGGGGAUGGACUCUGAGCUUAGGAGAUCCGAGGAGGAUGAGGAGAAAGAAGAGGAUAUCGAAGUCCCCAAGGCCAUGGGGGACAUUUUUGAAUCUCUUGCUGGUGCCAUUUAUAUGGACAGUGGGAUGUCUCUGGAGGUGGUCUGGCAGGUGUACUACCCAAUGAUGCGGCCACUAAUAGAAAAGUUUUCUGCAAAUGUGCCCCGUUCUCCAGUGAGAGAAUUGCUUGAGAUGGAACCAGAAACUGCCAAGUUUAGCCCGGCGGAGAGAACUUACGAUGGGAAGGUCAGAGUCACCGUGGAAGUGGUGGGAAAGGGGAAAUUUAAAGGUGUCGGCCGGAGCUACAGGAUCGCAAAGUCUGCUGCAGCAAGACGAGCCCUCCGCAGCCUCAAAGCUAACCAGCCUCAGGUUCCUAACAGCUGAAACCUCCAGACGCAGGCAGCAAGACGAUGAACCAGCAUCACAGAAAUACAGCAAAGGAGGAUUCAGAGUUGACACGGAGCAGAAUGACUGAAGGCAGAAUUUAAAGUUUGAUAACAAGAUAGAUAACAGAAUAAAACAUUUAAUAUGUGUAUAAACUUUUUGGAACUAAUUGUAGUUUUAGUUUUUUGCGCAAACACAAUCUUGUCUUCUUUCCCCACUUCUGCUCUGUUUAAAUCACAAGAGUGCUUUAAUGCCGGUGUUUAGCAAGUUCUUGAAAUCAUUUUGAUGGGUUUUUGUGUUGUUUGGGUUUUUGCAUUUCAUUUCUGUUGCCUUUGCUUGGUAUUAAGAGGUCGUGGAGCUUACCCUCUAGCAGUCCCUGAAGUGGGGAGAGUCCUCUGGCCUUGCAGUCCCUCAGCACUCGUGCCUGUCCUGCGGCAGUUGUUGAGCCCAACAGAGCAGAAUAGUUUGUGACAGAAGCACCAGUGUUGUUGGGGCAGAGCAAACUCCCAGACGCUGUUGCCCUUAAUAGUAAGGGACAGAUUUUGAGUUGGUGUCAAGGCCAGAUUUUCUGAUGCCACAUGCUGCACAGAGAGGGUUCUUGCCUUAAAAGUAGAGACUUGAUAGUUUUCUUCCUUUUCGGUCUUUUGGGAACAAACUAUUUUCCCCUUUCCUUUAUCUUAUUAUGCAUUAGAUGAGAUGGAUGACACAGCUCACUAGAGUACUUGCAGCAGAAUGAUUGCAGAUAGGAUUCUGUCACCUGUAUAUACCCUGAAGACAUUCUAAAAGCCAGAGUGAGUAGUUGGAUUUUUAAAACAUCAUUAUAGGCAGGAUGUGUGAGUAGGUGCCCAGUUUCCCUCAGACCUUCCUGCCAGGUAGUUGCGGUGAUGGAAAUGCUUGCCUGUCAGCUGUUGUAACAAAAUGACCCUGAGAUGCAGUGUGCCUAGAGAUGCUGCAGGCUUGUAGUGGAGCUGAGGCUCAUUGAGAGCGGCACAGCAGGGCAUCUCCUGCUCCUGCCCAGGUCCCGACUGUGCCAGCAAUGUUGCUGCAUCACCAAAGCUGUGUUGUGUAUGCUUGGGGUCAGCAUUGAGACAGACGGGCAGGAGGCCAGGACUGACACCUGGGAUGGAAGUCACUAGUUUAGAUGGACUAGGUCAUUAGUUCUGUCUCAGUAAGAGGAACUAAAGCUUUCUAGGCAUUUGCUGAAGCUUCUUGAUUAGGUCUGUAGGCACUCUUCACUCACACACCUCAGUCCCCCCCUUGCCUGCAUUUUCCCAGUUGGUGCUAUGUUUAUGUAUCAUGCUUGAAGUUUAAUUUUUUGCACUGUGACUAUAAUACCUCUUAAUUUACAUUUUUAAAAUGCUAUAUGGGCUGCCAUGCCCUUCCAUCGACAUACAGUAGAGGUUUGCUGCAAUUUGCCCUAUUAUGCUUGAAGUCUCAGCAAGCUGAGCCAGGAUGGCUCCUACUUCCCACAUCCUUCUGAGGCUGAUGCUUCAUGUAAUGCUGCACUUAGGUUAAAUUACCAUUGGUUUUGCUGUGCAUCUUCCACCCUGGAAGAGACACUCUGUGUGUGAACACACAGAAGCUGUUGGCCUCACUUCCUAGGGAACCUCAGGUGGGGGAGAGUGAAUUUCUCUAGGAUCAUUUGCUGGCACUGAUCUUAAACUUCAAUUGGGAAUCUAAAUUAUUAAGUGAGUUUUUGAGAAAAUAAUUUGGACCUCUUGUUUUAAAUAUUUAGUUUUGAUUUGAGAUUGUUUGAUUUAAAGCACCCCCACUCAUGCACAUACACAAACCUUAAUGCAAGACAUCAUAGCAAGUUCAAACCAGGUGAUCUUUUGAAUGUUGUAGCUGUAGCUUGUACAGUCAGACAGUAAAGGGGUGGGAUUUGGGGAGGUGGAGUUUGUUGUCCUAUCACAGUCUCUUGGUAAUUUAUAAACUACCUGAUCCUUUGCAUUGUGACUCAUGCAUUUAUCCCUGUGUCAUGGGAUGCGCUUUCAUCCUGGCACCAAAAUCAGAUUGUUUCACAGUUCCGAUUCCUGGUGGGAGAAAAAUGCCUCAAUAUAUUUUGUAACCAUAAGGAGAGUAUUUUUUGUUAAUAUUGAGAAGUUCAGAGUUGGAUAUAAUUAGAUCAUCCAUUCUCAGGGCUCAGAUUUCCUGCCAUUAUUCAGAAUGUUAUAUCCACAGCAAGCUUGGGCUGUUUUCGGGUGUUUUUUUUUGUUUUUUUUUUUCUUUCUUGUUGGAUGAAAGUACCUGAUAAUUUGACUCACAGUUUGAAGCAUUCUGUGAUUCACCCAGAGACCAAGUUGGAAAAAUAAAAGCAUAAGUUAGACACACGAUGAUCAGGAAUGCUUCAGUGUUGUGCAGUUUCCCCAGCUCCCACUGGCUGCAGGGCUUUGCAUUUCAGAGAAAAGUUGCUCUGUCACCUCACUCGGUGACUUUGUGCCUCCUCUGCCAGUGUAGUGGAAGGUAGAGAAGAUGGCCGGCGCCUGUAGACUGGUGAGGUUUACUGGAGGAAGCAGCUGCAAAGGCACGGGCGCUCGCCGGGGUGCUGCAGCGUUGGGAUGUCCUCUGUGGCCCACUUUUGCAGUCCCAGCCAUGCUGCAUGUGUGGCUCUGUCCUCUGUCCUGUGCAUGCUGCACAUGCAAGGGCAGUGCUUCGUGUGCUCUACCUGGUUUCCAGGAACUCCUGCGUAAUCCAGAGGAGGGGACAUGGUUGGUCCUUGCUGCAAUUCUGACUUCCAAAUUUGAGAAGAUACUGUGAUGCCUGUCCUUCGUCACACACUUGCAUAACUUAACUAUUAUUUUGUCUGUGGCAUUUUUUUUCUAUUUGUAAAGUGAAAGCAUGGCAGAAAUUUGUUGACUGAACACUUAAUUAAUGCUUUUAAAAUGUUUGGUUACAUUUCUUUUUUGUUUGUUUGUUUGUAUUAUGUGAAAUGAUUAAAUUUCAAAUGACCUCUGUCUAACACUCCUAUAGUUAUCCUUUAAAAUACUGAUGUUUUACUUUCUUGUCAGUAGCCCAUCCUCGGAAAGAUUCAGACGUGCUGUCUGAUGAGCAGGGGCUUUGAGGCUGCUUUGUUCCGCUGUUGAGUUCCUGUGUGCAGUCACUCACCACCAGACAGUGGCUGCAGAGCACCGAAAACAGUGAAAACCCCACAACCACCCGGUGUGCUUGUAGGGGCCUGUUGAUUUAAAACGAAUCCUCGCUCAGUGAAGGCAUCUAAUCCUUCCACAAACUUACAUUAGCAAACCGAGGCCUUGCACCUUUUAUUUCACGGAUGGACCUGAGCUGAGCCUGCAUUCUCGUCCUUAACUGAUUCUUGUCUGCAGGGGCACACAGGUUCUGUGUGCUGCCUCUGUGCUUGAUUUAACAGCUUCUAAGAACCUAUAGUUCCCACCUGCUGAUUACUCUUCUGGAAUUUAAUUAUUUCUCAAUAAAUUUUGUAUUUUAUAUUGUACAUGAGACAUUUUAAAGAUAUGUUUUAAGACCAAGGAUAGUUAAAAUGAUUGUAAAAGUCGUGUGUGGCAUGGAGACCGUGUGCUGUCCACUAGCAGGGAAAAUGAACACCUCAAACUAACUUGCAUAUAUUAUUUUACUCAUUUUACUUUUUUCUUGUCCAUUUUUCUUUGAAGAACAACCACGGACAGUUUAAAUGUUACAGAUGCCCCCAGAAUUCACCUCAGCCGCUGGUUCUGUAGCAGAAGUGCAGAGGUGGCUGGGAAGAACACAUCUGCCUUUGCUGUAAAUAAAGGGAAAUGACUAAGGCGAAGUCAGCCUGGCGGUUCCGCUGACAGUAGCCAAUGGCCAUCACAUGCUGCAGCUGAUUUUUAAAGAAACGUAGUUCGUGCACAUGGCUGUCACUGCAGAUCUGCGGUCAGCACUCAUGGAUCACAGUUACCUUUAGUUGUUUGUUUGUUUAGUUUUUCUUUUUAAUAAUUGUAGCCAAUAAAGUUAUGGUCUGUUCA